AUGAGUAUUGUUGAACUAAGAGUAUGUGGUAGAUAUAAAUUAGCUGAAAGGAUAGGCGCGGGAGCAUUUGGUUAAUUAUUUAUAGGCAAAAACGUUCAAACUUAUUAAAAUGUCGCUAUAAAAAUAGAAGAAAUAAAAUCUCGAUAUCCAUAAUUAUUAUAUGAAGGAAAAAUAAUGUAAAAUUUAUAAGGAGGAAUAGGAAUAUCUACAAUGUACUGGUGUGGAUAAGAAGGAGAUUACAAUUUUUUAGUUAUGGAACUAUUAGGUGAAAAUUUAGAAGAAUUAUUCGAAUUAUGUGAUCGCAAAUUUUCAUUAAAAUCAGUACUUAUGUUAGCCGAAUAAUUAAUAUCAAAUAUAGAAUAUAUACAUUUUAAAGCUUAUAUUCAUAGAGAUAUAAAGCCCGAAAACUUUCUAAUUGGAUUAAAUAAAAUGCAUAAAACUUUUUAUACAAUAGACUUUGGAUUAUCUAAAAGAUAUAGAGAUUUUAGAACAUAUGAACAUAUUCCAUUCCGUGAAAAAAAACCAUUGAUAAGUACUGCUAGAUAUGCAAGUAUUAAUUCACAUAAAGGAUAUGAAUAAUCAAGAAGAGAUGAUAUGGAAAGCAUAGCUUAUAUUUUAGUGUAUUUUUUAAAAGGAAAAUUACCUUGGUAGGGCAUAAAAUGCCAAAAUAGGGAAGAAAAAUACAAUAAAAUAAAAGACAUGAAAAUAAAUAUUCCAUUAAAUGAAUUAUGUGCAGGUUUGCCACCUGAAUUUGCUUAUUUUAUUACAGAAUGUAGAAAUAUGAAAUUCGAAGAUAAGCCAGACUAUUCUUAUUUUAAAAAAAUUUUUAGAGAAAGAUUCAUUAAAGAAGGUUUUAUUUAUGAUUACAUAUAUGAUUGGCUACUUAUUCCUAUAAAAAACAAAAAAACUGAAAUAAUUCCCAUGAUACCCAUUAAUUUUGAAUGUGGAGAAAAUGAAGAAGAAAAUAACAAAUAUAUGCAAUAACUAGAUUUUCUUUCUGACUUAUCUUCUUCUUUAAAUGAAGAAGAUGAUGAAAUUGAUGAAGAAAAAGUAUAAAAUUUAGAUGAAUAAACAUAAAUUGCACAAUAAUAAGACAUUAAUAUAAAAUAAAUAGAUGGGUUUAUACUUUAAUAAUAAUUAAAAACUAAUGUUUUGUAAUAAAAUAAUUUACAAAAAAAUUAGAAAUUUUAAUAAUCAUAAAUUCGACAAACAAAUCAAAUUUACAAAAACACAGCUAAUUAGUAAGAACUUCUAAAUAAAAGAUAUAAUAAAUAAUAAAAAAAAAACGAUUGUUUUAUUUUUUGA